AUGUAUAUCCCAAAGAAAAAUUUACAAGAAGAUUGGGAACAAGCAGAAUAUUUAAUUAAGAAUUAUCCAUUAGGUACAAUAAUAACUAUCGAAGAUGGAGAAAUAAUAGCAAACCAUAUUCCAUUUGUUUUAAAAAUCGAUUCAAAUUCAAAAAAAUUAUAUGCUCAUGUAGCUAAAGCAAAUCAUCAAAUACCAAGUUUAAAAUCAAAUGAUAAUGUUGUUAUUAUAUUUCAAUCUGUAAAUUCAUAUAUUACUCCAGAAUAUUAUCCGACAAAACAAGAAACCCAUAAGAUUGUACCAACUUGGGAUUUUGCAAGUGUUCAUAUAAAGGGUUCAUCAAAAAUAAUAGAUGAUUUUCAAUUUGUAAGAGAUCAAUUGAAUGCGUUAACUAAUCAAGAAGAAUCCAAAAAGCCAGAAGAUGCUAAAAAAUGGGAAGUUAAAGAAGCUCCUGAGAAUUACCUCAAAAUUAUGCAAAAAAAUAUCGUUGGGUUAGAAAUUACUAUUGAUUCAUUUCAAUGUAAAUAUAAAUUACAACAAGAUAUGAGAAAACAAGAUAUUGAUGGAGUUAUAAAGGGUUUAGCUGAUGAUAAUAAACCGGAAUUAUCUGAAUUAACUCAAAAGACAAAUUAUAAAAAUUAG